ACAUUUUGAUACUUUGAUACAAAACGUUUGAUUUAUGGAAAAAUGGUACAGUGGAACCCCUCUCUCCCCCAGUUGUAUUUUGGCGUUGACUCUGUUACGUCAGCUGUUUCUCUGCUGUCCUGCAGUGUCCGUGUUUUUGUAGCUGAAAGUGUGAAUAACUGACUCCGUUGCAAUGGAUAGUCGGAUUUAGGAGAAUACCUCAGCUUGGAAAGCAUAAGAAAUCUUACAAUCCCACUCAAGUUAACCAAGGAUACGGAAUUAAACGUCUCUGCUUGGUAACUGCAUUUCUAUUUUCGGGUGGGAUGGAAGGACACUUCUGCGUAAUGGACUCAUUUAUGCAGUGGUUAGAUCUCUGGCUAGCAAAGCUAGCUAAUGUGCAAAUGCUAACUAUAAAAACAAUCAGCUAGCUACAAGAAACGAUUUGCAUGAACGUCAGUGGAUAGGUUGACUCGUUUAGCAUAUACAAAUGCAUUCCGUCAGCUUAUUGUAAUUUGUGUAUUUUACUAAAUCGAAUCACUUAAAAUGGAUUAAUGGAUAGUUUACAAGCUAGCUAGCCAAUUUAGCUAGCUGAUUAGCUAGCUAUGGAUUGGUGUUGUGUUAGCUGACACGCUAGGUUUAGCUGUCCAGUUAAAUCAACAUAACACUUGUCUUUGAAAAUGUGGUGACACGUAUUUAAUGGUAGUCAGUACUGUACCCCUAGUAUGGGAAAUAUAUCCCAGCAAGUUACUGUUAGCUAACGUUAGCUAACUAGCUAGUUGAUGGGUUGAGAUGUAACUUGACUUCCCAAUUAAGAUGUAGCACGAGACAGCUGAAAGUUAAUUGUAGUUUUCUAGCUAGCUCAGCUCAUUCCUCACAGGAAAGAUCGUAAUUUGACAUUUAUUGCAUGAGGGGGUGCCCAACAAGUCAGGCAAUCAUGUCUAGUAAAGCCACGACUAAAGAGAAGAAAUCUGGUAGCUUCAGCAAGAAACUCUUCAGACGAGGCUCUGUGCGCUCCGUGGGUAGUUUUAUGGGCAGAGUCCUCAGGACCCUGUCAACCCUGUCCCAUUUUGGAUCAGAUGGGCAUGCUAUUGAAGGUGACAAAGACGACGGGGGUUUCACAUUAUUCAAAACUGGAGGCAAAGAUUCACCAGCUUUGGAUGAUAGUGACCGUUUCCUCGGAGAGAAGGUCCCUGGAGUGUCUGGUCUCAAAAACCAUGGUAACACUUGUUUCAUGAAUGCCAUCCUCCAGUGCCUGAGUAACACUGAACUCUUUGCUGAGUAUUUGGCACUGGAACAAUACCGGGGAGUCGAGGAAACGGAUGAGGAGAAGGUGAAACCAAAGACAAACGGUGUGCAUUUGGGGAGGAAGGGCCCUCAUGACAGAGGCGAGGUGACAGAGCAGCUGUCUGGACUGGUCCGGGCCCUGUGGACAUUUGAAUACACCCCACAGCACAGCAGGGAGUUCAAAAAUGCGGUCUCAAAGAGUGCUUUGCAGUAUAAAGGCAAUGCUCAGCAUGAUGCCCAGGAGUUUCUGCUCUGGCUUCUGGACAGGGUACAUGAAGACCUCAACAACCAUCCCAACAACAGGCCUUCCAUUAAGCCACCAGUGGAAGAGGAUGAUGGGGGUCUAGAGGGGCCUUCUCUUCCGCUCUCUACCGGUUCAUUUGUGCAAGAGCUAUUUCAGGCCCAGUACAGGUCGUCGCUCACCUGCCCACAUUGCCAAAAACAGAGCAACACCUUUGAUCCUUUCCUCUGCAUCUCCCUUCCCAUCCUCUUACCUCACACAAGGCCUCUGUAUGUGACAGUGGUCUACCAGGGGAAGUACUCUCACUGUAUGAGGAUCGGCGUGGCCGUGCCCCUGAACAGCACCGUGUCCAGACUCCGAGAUGCUGUGUCACGUGAGACCAAGAUCCCCCUGGACCAGUUUGUUUUGACGGAGAUGUACUACGACGGUUUCCAUCGCUCCUUCUGUGAUGACGACGACGAUCUCGAUAUCAUUCAGGAGAGCGAUUCCAUCUUUGCCUUUGAGACGCCUGAGAUGUUCAGACUAGAGAACAUUCGAACCAAGAGAGGGAGUCUCCUUGCCAACCUGAACCAGAACAACUUAAAGUUUGGGAAUGAGAUGAGCAGGACUCCAUCUUUCAUGCAAGGAGCCGUGAUUCCUGCCACUGCGUCGGCCAAUAAGAACACAGGGGCCGAGAAGAUGGUCCUGCUGAUCUGUAACCGAGCCUGCACCGGUCACCAAGGGAGGAGGUUUGGUCUUCCAUUUGUUCUGUACAUGGAUCGCACUGUUACCUGGGAUAUCCUGCAGAAGGAGAUCCUGGAGAAGAUGCAUCACCUGCUCAGGCCAGGAGUUUACAUUCAGGUGGGGCCCUUCAGCCUACGAGUGGUUGGUGUGGUUGGCAUCACAUACCUCCUGCCCCAAGAGGAGCAGCCUCUCUGUCACCCAACAGUGGAAAGAGCGUACAAGUCCUGUGGCCAGGGGGGGCCGCCGCACGUCAAGAUAGUGGUGGAGUGGGACAAAGAGACCAAGGAUUAUCUGUUUGGGCUCACUGAGGAAGAGUACAUCCCUGAUGCUGAGAGUGUGUAUCUGCACAGAGAGCAACACCAUCAGCCCCAGGCCUGCACCCUCGCUCAGUGCCUCCAGCUCUACACCAAAGAGGAGCAGCUGGCCCCGGAUGAUGCCUGGCGCUGCCCACAUUGCAAGCAGCUGCAGCAAGGCCGCAUCAAGCUCAGCCUGUGGACCCUGCCUGAUGUGCUCAUACUGCACCUCAAGAGGUUCAGACAGGAAGCUGACAGGAGGGUGAAGAUGCAGAACAUGGUGCGGUUCCCUCUGCUUGGCAUGGACAUGGCUCCUCACAUGGUGAAGAGGUCCCAGAGCAGCUGGAGCCUGCCCUCUCACUGGUCACCAUGGAGACGACCCUACGGCCUGGGGCGUAACCCUGACGACUACCUGUACGACCUGUACGCCGUCUGCAAUCACCACGGAAACAUGCAUGGAGGCCACUACACAGCUUACUGUAAGAACUCUGUUGACGGCCAGUGGUACUGCUUUGACGACAGUGAGGUCCAGCCCGUCGCUGAUGAUGAUGUGUGUCAGCAGACGGCCUACAUCUUGUUCUACCAGAGGAGGAACACGAUCCCCUCCUGGUCCGCCAACAGCUCCGUAGCAGGCUCCACCAGCUCAUCUCUGUGUGACCACUGGGUGAACCGUCUCCAAGGCAGCAGGCCGGCCAGCCUGGCUUCCGGGGCCUCCUCCAGGCGCACCUCUCUGGCCUCCCUGGGCGAGUCGGUGGAGUUCACCACAGGGGACCGCAGCGAAGAUGACGGUGGAUUUUCGACCCGUCCCUUUGUUCGGAGCAUCCAGCGUCAGAGCUUGUCUUCCAGGUCAUCUAUCGCCAGUCCUCUGGCCUUCAGUGAGAACAGCAUGAAGCCCUCCUGGUCCCUCUCUGCCAAGCUCCAUAUGAGGUCCAACUCGCCCUCACGCUUCUCCCUGGACUCACGCUCCUCUCCCCCCUUGGAGAGGAUAGGAGAGAGGGGAGAGGCCUGUGAUGACAAGGUAUCCACGUCUUGCUUCGGUAGCUACAGCCGGCAUGAGCGCUACCCUGGUGGCAGGGCCCCUUUGGCCAUGAUGGAGGGGAACAGCACCGACCAGGACCAUGGCAGGAGGAUCCUAGACGAAGUCUACUGCAGGGCCCCCACGCCGGCCGAUAAGAAGAGCUCCAAGAGUGACCCGACGGACAACAACAACCAGAUAACAGCCCUGAACCAAAACGCACAAGCCCCCCUGUCGAAAGAGCAGAAACGCAAGAGCAGCACCGCCGGAUCUGCCCCAAAGUUAGAGAGCGCCAGGUCCAAAAAGAGUUCCAUCAAGUCUGAGCCAGAGAAAAACUCCAAGAAGCGCCAGUGUUCGUCCUCCACCCCCAAAUCCUCUACAUCCCAAAUGUCUUCCAGCCCUGUGGUAAAGGGCCCCAAGGCGACCACCUCUAAAGACAAGACCACCAGCAGCGGCAGUGCUACGCCCGCCAGGACCCCGUCAAAAAAGAAAGAGUCUUUGUCUUCCAAGGGUCCUGUCUCGGCAGAUGGAACCCCCCAGCGCAAGCAACGCAUCUCCACACCGCUGUCCUCCGCUUCCCCCUCCCCCACCAUAAAGAAGAGUGCCUCUGGCCUUGAGAAGACCACCUCUGGUCGGAAGAAGCUGCUGGAGAGGAGCUGCAGUCGGGACUCGGGGUUAGUAAGCCCUCUGGUUGAUAGACCACGCUGGGGCAGCAACGCUGCAGCCCGGACCCCCACCAAGACUACUGCGGAGGGGGUCCGUCCAGGGAGGAUGUUUUUGCGGAGUUCCAUCAGCAGCUCCUCUGUCACCAGCCUGCGCUCCCCCAGUGUCUCCUGCAGGGACCCUAGGCACAGCAGCAAGUCAGAGGACAAGGGCCUGUCGUUCUUCAAGAACGCCCUGCGCCAGAGAGAGUCACGUCGGUCGGCCGAUCUGGGUAAGACCAGCAUCCUGGCCAAAAAGGCAUCUGAGAGGACAGCCAGGCGGAGCGUUCAGGAGGGGGAUGGGUCGGCCAGUGCCUCAGAGCAUCAUGUGAACAAGGUUGUCAUUGAGGUAAAGGAGUCCUCCAAGCCCUCCACCCCAGUCAGACGCUCUCUGUUGCCUGUUAUAGGUAAAUCCAAGUCUUCCACUUCUGAAUCCAGUCUUAAUUCUCCCCCCAAUGGGAAAAAGCCUCUUGAGAAGCAGGCGUCCUCCAGAAAUCUUUCUGCCAGCAUGCAGUCUUCUGCACGCCCAACACAGAAGCCUCAAUGACGUCAUAUAUCGAUAGCAGUCUCGUUGUUUUAUGUAUGCAGCAUUUUCUUUUCCGUGUGCCUAAGAUAUAAAUAUAUAUAGAUUGAGAGAGUAUAUAAUAUACAUAUAUAUACUUGUGUGUGUGUGUGUGUGUAUAUAUAUAUAUAUAUAUAUAUAUAUAUAUAUAUAUAUAUAUAUAUAUAUACACACACACGUAUUUUUCUUUUCAUAAGCAAGAUGUAAAUGAUCAAAAGCGCCUUUCUAUCCUGUCAUGGAACCAAAUCAUUGCCUUCGGCAAAGUAUGGUAUUAGUCUACUACUGUACACAAAACUGAAUAGGAAUGUUUUAAGAUAGCACUUUGUAAAUAGAGUAUGGAAUAUUUUUCCCCAGAACAACGCUAUAUACAGUAACAGUUAAUAAAAAAUCUAUUACUGUCAAUUUUUAUGUAUUACAUUUACUUGGUUUAAAAAGGUCACGUGAAACUAGAGUAACGGGUCUAGGACUUGACAUUUAUUAAGGCUGUAAGGGUACACUAGUCUGAAGAUAUUUUGUGGAGUAGUCUAAAAUGUUACUCCUUUUCUACACCUGGUGCUGUUCAAAGGGCAAUACUGGCACUGUUUGAAAUAUUUAAAAUGCUGAGGUUCUGAAGAAAAAUAUAUAUAUAUAUCUAUGUCGGGUCAGCAACAGGCGUCCUGUGGUGCGAAACCAGCCAGGAAGUGAUUUUUGGGGGGGUUUGGGGGACUACCCAAAGUUUUUAGUAUAAACAAAUAUAUGUAUAUAUUUUGGGAAUUGUUUUUGGUCAAAUAAUGUGUUUAGUUUAGGAGCUCUGUUUCCAAGUAUUCUCUUGAAUAAAAAAAAAGAGACGUGAUCGUGUCUCAAUGUAAUCAAGGUAUGAAAUGAUUGUUCUCAAAUACAAUCUGUUUUUGGGCUUAGUUAUGGUCAGUUUGCAGUGUACAAAUUAUUCUAAAUAUGUUCCGGCCCCCGACCAUCCGCGGCUGAAUCUAGUUGCCUACCCCUGAUCUAUGUGUUCAGUUAUCAGUCCUGGUAGCACCUCUCAACCUGUGGUACCUCAUGAGAGAUUAACGUUUCUGCCAUGUAUGGAAUAGCAGCCAGAGGCUGCUGUAUAGUACUGAUAAAAUCCAACACCGCUCAUUUAAGUUGAACAUUUGUGCUUAUUUUGCCUUUGUCCUGUCUUCGGAUGAAGUCAAUUCAAUCUAAAUAACGCACACUGCACUGAACGUUUUGCUAUUUGCUGUUACUUGAAGCAUACCUACGUAACUGUACCACUGUCAGGCCCUGCAUGGGGAUGUUCUCCUUAGUUGAAUGAUAGUUUGACGAGUCAUUUCAGUCAGAUCUGGUGCCACCCCCAUAUCUGCAAAGCUUUUCUAGCCUUUGACCUGUUACUGAACUCUCCCUGUGUCUUGCUGUAACCCGUUUGGUAAUCUACCAUGCCCAAGCCUUUCAGUGCAAUAGUUCUCAAGACUGUUCAUCAGUCUUACCUUCUAUGUUAAAUAUGAUAACUUUAAUUAUGAUUUUAAGAUACCAGGGUAAACAUUUUUUGGUGGUCUGCUUGUAACAUAUUGAAAUCUUCAGAUACCCUUCUACUGAAAUGGCAUUUAACACAUUUUGUAAUAUUUCGCUUGCCGACAAUGUAAGAGACCCAGUUUCUCCAGGGUCUUGAGAUUUGUUAUCUCUAACCUACUGCACCAAGUUUAAUAUUAAACCCCAGUGCAGACAUUUUGCUGCCAAAAGCUACAGUCUGUCUGAAAAUGAAACCCCCACUGUUACAUGUGAACUAUUAACAUAUUAAUGAUUGUGUAGGGGCUCAGCAACAGCCUGACAACCUGUCACUUGUUAUUGUUGCCCAUGGCUACACUGUCAUUAAGUGAGCUGCUGCUGCUGCAAACACUGGUGAAAUGGUGGGCUUUUGAUCCAAUAACAGCGCUAGCUCACUGAAUUACUUUGCCUUGACCUGAGGGGUAUACUACAAAACAGAAUCAAUGAAUUAGCCAGCUAACUUUGAUAAGCAACCAGAAAUAACUUGAUUUUAUGGUUAGUUAUAGCAUACCCAUUUCAAACGUAACUUUUUGUUUUGUAGAAAGAUUUCAGAAUAUUUAUGCAAGUUAGCUGGCUAACUCCAUGAUCCUGCUUUGUAUAUUACCCUUCUGAAGACUUGUGUUGAUUUAAUGUCUUGGCCUAGACUCUAGUUUAUCAUGAUCUUGAGUCUCACUGAUGACCCGGGUUCCAAACCUGUUCGGUUACAUUCUCCUGUUGCCAUGUUACGAAUACAUUUUACCACAUCUUUCACAAAAUAGACAUAAAAAAUAUUCUCAACGUUUAGGUGAUGAAAAGCUUUAUUUUAUGGCCCAUCCUCAUCUUUGAAUAUAUUUUAUUUGUGAAAUCAGCUUUCACAGAGUAAUCAGCUGCCUGCAACAAUAUUAUCCUUUUCGGCUUUUAAGUAGAUGGUUGUGCCACUGUGAUGUCAAUCGAUGGAAACAACCAUUUCAACACUGUGGAAAGCAGUAUUGCAUGAUAACUCUAACGCAUGCAUGUCCUUAACUAUGCAAUAGAUUGUUGCUAUGUGAACCAGAGAGUAAAUGUACAAUAUAUCCUAUCUUCCAAAUGCCAGCAAUGGAGAGCAUGGUUAGUGUCUUCCAUUGCUUUAAUUGCACACGUAUGUUUUAGGGUUUUAAUUUUUAAUUGUUAUUAUUUCUUUUACAUGUGAGAAUGUUACCACAUUGCGAAACGGAUGUAACCCAAAAUCUUUAAGAUGCUGAACAUUUUGUAUUUGUCUUGUUUUCUAACUUAAGUUUACACUAAAUGGAUUUAGUCUUAAGAUUGUUUUAAGGGAUUGUCUCUAUCUUUUCUUUUUACAUUCAUGUUCAUUAUGUCAAUAUAUGUUAAUUGUUUUCCACUAUGCUGGAGUACGUGUUCAAAGGGUGCUCUCUUUUUAAAGAGCAGGUUAUCAGUCUUCCUCUUGUUCACCAGCAAGGACUUCAUUAUUAACACUACAGAAACUACAGAUGGACUCCAUCUUUAGCCCAGUCAUCUCAUGUGUUGCCUGUGCACUCUGCUCUCAUUUCACUUUUCUAUGAACUGGUUGACUGUUUGAUUUAGCUAUGAAAGGCAUGUCAGUUAAUGGAUGAAUGUCAUUAUUAAGCAAUGGGAGUGUUUUCCAUUUUGUUUUUAAAGAACACUUUUUCGUCUUGUUGUAGUUGCCAUAAAGACACCUGUUGUGGCAUAGACUAGUACUCGGGCAGGGCUCUCAAACCCUGUUCCUGGAGAGCUAACCUCCAUGUAGGUUUCUGCUUCAACCCCAGUUGUAACCUGAUUCAGCUUAUCAACCAGCUAGUUGUUCUAGAUGAGGGUUGGAGGGAAAACCUACAGGAUGGUAGCUCUCCAGGAACAGGGUUGGAGAGCCCUGGUCUUGGACAUCUGACAUAGUUAGUGGUAGCUAAUUAGAUCGUGUAAAUCAGUCAUAUGGAAUUUGAUUCAUUCUUCUCUCCUUGAUUGACACACUGGACUGUAGAUACUGACUACCUAAUAGUACCAGGCAGCAGCCCACGUUUCUACAAUACUACAAUAACACUAUCUUAGUGGUUAUCUGUACAGUUGUAGUCUUCUGGAAGUUGUUCAAAAAGAGUCCGGGAAAAUAUUUGAGGAUGAAAUAAGUUUUGGAAAGUGCAUGAGACUGCGUCAAACCUUUUUAUGUUAAUUUAUUUGUAUGUUUUGUUUAUGACGUAUAUGCACUUUUAAUAUGCAUUCUUUUCUCCUUUUUUUUAAAUGUAUUUCUUUGAAAGAGACAUUUUGUUGGUUUACCAAUGCAAAAACAUGUCAAAUGUAAUAAUUAAAAAAAUGUAAAGCAGUG